AUGUAUGGUAUGCGCGCGUUCACCGUUGUCGCAGUUGCUGCAGGCGCUGCCGCCGAAGCUAGCCAACAGGGUCAAGUCAUGCAGCAUGUUCACCCUCAGGCAGUGGCUCCUCGUGAUGACUGCACCAAUCUUCCGAAGCUCUGCACAGAUCCGGUUUUGUUGCGCGGUUAUGAGACCACUCUGACCUAUCUAUGUCCCGAGACUAAAGGACCGUCCACUAUCACUGUCACCACGACUCAUACCACCACAUUGACAGUAGAUCUGACCUCCAGCAUGCCUGUUAUGGCCACCUCGGACGGUCAGGCACCUGUGAUAGAAGAGCCCACCACGACUGUGACGGCCAUGUCAACAGCUCACGUCACUAUCACCAAGCUAGUCACCAAGGUCGCUGCCACCCCUAAACUGUCAGCGCUUCCCCCGCCUACCAUCACCUGGUCUUUUACGGCCGUUCUUCCUUCCGACGUGAAUCCGUUUGGGUUUUUGCGCAAGUCCUCAACGACCCCUCCUGACGUUGUUUCCUCGUCAGUGUCUUUUGUGAGCGCGCCCCCGUCUAGCGUCAGCAGUUCUUUCGAGGUAUUCCCUAGCCAUGCAGUCAGCAACUCGUCUUCGAUCCUUUCCACAUCCUCGGCGGCUACUUCGUCUUGGGCCGGCCGUAGGAUGCCGCUCUUCUCGAACCACACCCAUAUUCACGCUGGAGGCAAUUUCCCUACUAUAAACCUAGUAAGGGGUGCUGAGGACAAGCCCACCGAGACUGUCGCCACUACUGCUGCCGUCGCCACUGAGGGAAAGAAGGGUCAAGCAGGAGAUACUCAGGCCUCAUUCAUUGCGCUGUUCUUCGGCGUGUUGGCUGCCACCUUUCUUAUCUAA